GAUCACCAAAGAAUGUCAAGAAAUCUUUACAAUAUAAAUAUUUGUGUUUAGAAUUGUUUUUGAGCAGACUUUCUUUUUUUGGCAUAACACAAAGUCUAAACUCUCUUUCUUUACUAAACUGAGCUCAUAACAAUGGAUAUCAACGAAGAAAAAUCAGCAAAGUCCCAGCUACCCAUUGAAGGAGAUGAACAGAUCAAAGCAACAAAGUCAGAAGAAAUAACAAAGGAAAAUGAUCAAGUGAUCAUUCCACCAAAGACUGUAACAAUCGAAAGUGAUAAAGAAGAAAAUCCAGCUGCGGAAAAUAAAAAUAAAGAAAAAAUAGCCGAUGAAGGUACAAACCAAAGUACGGAAGUGUUUACUCUGCAGAUUAAGCAAAGUGAAGAAAAGACCAAAUGCCGCCCAAUAGCGUUUCUGUUGGGACUUCCAUUUGCCCUAAUCUCUCUCGUCAUUGCAUUUGUUGGAUGCAUUAUCUGGAUUCUCGGGUUGAUUUUAACAUGCAUAUGCCCCUGCUGCUUCUGUGUGACAAUGUUGGUAGAAAUGGCACUUGGUCUAGUCAAUGCUCCUUUUGCUUUUUUCCAAUAUAUCACUGAUAAAAUACCUUUCUGAAGACCCCUACUGAAGACUGCUCAAUCUUUCACCAUUUAAGAUACACUAUUUCAAUCCUCUUAAAUAUUAUCCCAUCUUUUACCUUUUCCUCCCUCCCUAUUGCAACCUCCUUCACCAUAGGAAAAAUAAUAAUAAUUAUAAUAAUAAGAUGUGUUUUAUAUGUAUAGUCUUCAAAUUGAAUAUGGUUCUUUUUUUAUCUUUUCAAGUUCAAGUGUAUCCAAUAAAUUUGCUUGGUUUGUUUGUUCGUCUUGAUUCUCUUUGCAAUUACAAUUAGAACCUCAGAGUUAUGUCA